GCUCGAAACCUGCGUCUUUAGGCAGUACUUCCACCUCCACGACCUUUGGCGGCUCGAAACCUGCGUCUUUUGGCAGUACUUCCACCUCCGCGACUUUUGGCAGCUCCACGUUCCAAGAUCCCACUGCUUCGUCUUCCAUUACCACUGUGUUUGGUCGAUCGAGUGGUUCACAACAACCUCCUGCGUCUUUUGGCAGUACUUGCUCCCCUGCUGCGUCUUUUGGCAAACCUCCACCGUCGUCAUCCACGUUGAACCCACCGCCGCUUCCAUCUUCGUUGAAACCAUUCAACCCUCCUACCCACAAACGUCUUCCCCCUCCGCCGCGUCCGACCUCUCUCAAAGCGGCGGCGCCUCUGCCGUCCCCCGAUGGCUCCCCGACCCACGACACGUCCCGCCGCCGCCGCAUUCCGCCAUCUUCAAUGGACGACCAACCAGACAACGACGUGGAGAAACUCGACUUGUCUUCGGCUGUGACCAUCGACGGACUCUGCGUCGACAUGUGCUCCCCCAAGGAACGAGACGAGCAAAUUCGAUGCGAUGACCUGAGUACCUUUGAGAAGGGAAACCCUCCCGAAGCAUUUAUCAUCAAACGGUACCAGCGGUCCGCCGCCGACCACAAACUAGACAUUCCGUCCGAGAUUCGACCUCUCGGAGUACUCCGAAUGACACAGUUGUAUUUGGAACAACAUGUGAUCGACUUGGACGAAUGCGGCCCCGACCCUCGUUUCAACCCGCCGCGAGUCCCCGACUUUCUCGACCUGUACAACUUUUUCUGGAACCGCGCCCGCAUGAUCCGCAAUGACUUUACACUGCAAAAUUACCGCGGCGGCGGGCGCCACCACGUGAUCGCCAUGGACGUCCACGAGCGCAUCGCACGCUUCUUCAUCUUAUGCGAACACGAAUUGAUUGAAAAUCCAAAGUUCAUCGAACAGCAAAACAUGGAGCAGCUCGGCAAGACAAUGAAAAGUCUGCAAGAUUUCUACGACGACGCGCGUCUUCACGGCGCCGAGUCGAGUCCAUUCGAAGCCGAAUUCGCGGGGUAUUUCAUCUUGCUUCACCUGGAUAAGGCGUCGGCGGUGCUUAAAUUCACCAAGCGGCUGCCUCGAUCGCUCCUCCACUCGACUUUUGUGCAGUUUGCCAUGGCAGCGUUUGUGGCCCGGCACACGAAUGAUUACGUGGCGUUCUUCCGCCUCGUCCGGCAAGCCAGUCUUCUCCAGGCGUGUCUUCUGCAUCGGUACUUCCCGUUGGCGCGGUCCGAUGCGCUGGGAUGUAUGGCGCGGGUGUAUCGGCAUCCGUACCCGCUGGAACCGCUCGUCCGUCUGCUGUGUUUUGACUCGCUUCAACAUGCGGCGACGGUGGUCGGCCUCCACGGUCUGGCUCUGUCGGCGGACGGGGCGUCGGUGGUAUUUGGAACGGCCGACUUUGUCGCAGACAAGGUACCUGUCACGUGCUCGGACGUAUACGUCCGUUCCAAACAAGGCGACUGGCGCCGGCGGGAUGUGUGCCGAGGGGUGACCGAGUACGAUCCGGACAAGUACCCGCUGCUCCCCCGGCAGAUUCAAGAGACUGAAAUGGACGAACGGCGGCGGCUGUACCCGACAAGACCUCUGUAUCACGACCCGUUUUCAAAGUUUACCCUCGAAGAUGCUCAACCAAACUCGGAUAACCACCAGCUACGUCGAGUCGGCACAUCGUCGGCGUCGUUGGAAGCACCGCCGCCGCCGCCUGUUUUAGCCGAACCUCUGUCCUCCGCGCCGCCCCUGCCGCCUCCUCGUCCAUUGACGACUGUGUUUGGCAGCAAAAAGCCACCAGUGGUGGACGAGAUGGGAGUGAUUCCUGGGCUAAGCAAAUUGACUGAAAUCGAACAGCGCCAGAAAAGAUUGCAACAGGAUAAGCAGCGAUUGCUAGACGAAAUUGCCAAGCGCCAACACAAGAGUACCCACGUUGCCGCUUCUAGUACCAUUGGAUCUGUGACUACUACUAGUACUACUAGUAGUAGGACAGCUACGACGAUGCCUAGUGCAGUUCCGAGGAACGAGCCAAUUCCUGCGAGUACAACCCCGGUCGUCCAGGAAGACGCCACGUCAUCGAACGCCACCCACAACGAAGUUGAACCAGCCAAGUCACUUAGCACUGGAACCAUAUCGACCAAGUCAUCAGACAAAGCAGAUGACGAUGUCGCCGCCAAACAAAACGAGGCCGACGCGGCGGCGAUCGCGGCGGCAACUCGAAAAGCUCUAGAAGCAGCAGCAGCUAAGGAAGCCAAAGAAGCCGCAGCCAAGGAAGCAGCAGCCAAAGCAGCCAAAGAAGCAGCAGAUAAAGAAGCAGCAGCUGAAAAGCAGCGAGUGGAGUUGGAGCGCAAGGAAGCUGCGAAACGUGAAAGUGAACGACAUGAAGCGUUGAAAGCAAAGUACGAAAUCCAAGCGUUGGGCCAGACGUGGCUGAGAAUCAAUUUCGACAGCCACGACGCCGUGGUCACGAGAUCCAAUGCUAUUCUAAAGCAAGAGCAUGACGAAGUGGCGCGCGCGCAGCGGCUGGCCGUGCAAAAGCUGCGCUUUGCCCUGUGGCGGAAGAUGGUCUCGCGCCAGCAACGUCCGCGGGUCCCUGGGAAUGCUAAGUUUGAACCAUCGACUUGUGGCCCACAGGCUACUGCAUCGUCGGUGGUCCAAUUUCAAGGCCCAAUCGAGUCGUUGCUAAGCAACUACUACCCGAAGGCCACCCCCCCCACUGCAUGGACAUCCACGGACAAAGCCAUCACGGACGCCAGUCAUGCCGCCAUGCUCGCGCUGCAACACCAGCUCCAUAAGCCCGUGGACGUUGCGGGGCUGCUGGCGCCGCGGCUGAAGCGGCGGUACCCCCGGGCAUCCUCUUUGGCGUACUCGAUUGCCAUCUGCCGCCUCCCCACCGACGACGACGAGGACGACAAGGAAUCUAGUAGUACUAGUUCGACUAGUACUUUUGACGCGGCGGCGUGGCUGGCGGCCAAAUGUGGCGUGUCGUCGGGUGGGCACCGGGUGUACACCCACGAGUCGUUUGUCCUGCACCUAUCGUCCAGUGUCGCACCGCGUUCAGGUCCAAAUACGGCCGUGUGGUUUCCCGUAGCGUUUGCUUGUCUCGACCAAGUGGGGCCGUGGGUUCGUCGCUUAGUGAAUUCAAGUGUAUUACGUGGCGCGCCCACAGCCGUCCACGUGGUGGCCUUGACAGCGUUGCAUCCCCACGAGGUUGAAGCCACUGGCCAAAUCGAAUUGGAUCGGCUGGCGUCUAAUUGGCAUCUCCACUGGCACGUUGGGCCAUGGGAUGCCGCCCAUGCUGUCGUGACGUCGCUUGUCAAGAGUAUGGGGGACACUGUCACACUGAUUCCAGUCGUGCCCUUCACUAACGUACCCCUUCGAGACACGAUCGACGACGUGGUUGCGCUCACAUUGCAUCAGACGAGUCUGCUCAGUCGGCCGCACAUCUCGGACCUGGUGCGGCAUGUCCACCACGCCCUCUCCGUCCUCCAGCACCUCUUCGACGCCUCGGAUUCUUCUUCUUCCGACCUCAUGGGACAAGUGCUCGCGGCGGUGCCGCCGUCGGGGACGUCUGGCAGCACCCACGGGUGGAUUCACUCGCUGCCGACACUUUCCUCGACGCAACGGGAGCUCGCCGUGCACCUCGUCGAGGCCGCGUGGCAAAUCCCGCAUGACCAAGACGAGGAUGCCAGUCCUGCCAAGUCGAUCGUGUCGAUUGUGUAUGCUAUCGUGUUGAACGGCAUUGAAGGACUAGACACGGCCGUGGUCGCGCUACCCACUUCGUGGGUGGUCGAGUGCCGCCAGCUGAUGCACCUCGUGCGCACUGUCUCGUCCAUCGACAAGCACGCCCGAGUUCUCGGGAAGAAGAGACCUCCAGAAGACGAGAACGUUUCGACCGGGGCGUUGGUGUCCAUGAUGAAGAAGCGAUCGACGACUUUGACCACCGCCAUGACGAUCACACCCACGACUCGCCAUGCCCUCCAAGCGAAAUGGAAGCGAGACGCCGCCCGCAUGCGCGCGAUGCGUGCAUUGGAUCACGAGAAGGCGGCACAUGCCUCGUUCCGCCGCAUGCUUGAAUCUGCUUUCGAAACGUAACCGUAAUAAUUCAAACGUAUUGUCCGGA